AUGGCUGCAAAACUUACUCCCACAAUUUAUUUAUAUUUAUUCAUAGUGUCACUAAAAACAGUUUAUUCGAUACACUGUUAUCAGUGUUCAGGCACUGAUUCGAACAAUCCGUUUGAUUGCAAUGAAUAUUUGGAAGGAGAUACUUAUUUGGAACCAACUGACUGUUCCACUAUCCAUAACGCUCAGCAUUGUAUAAAAUAUGUAGGCCGAUAUGAAGGUUUUGCAUUAGAUUGUUACCAGUGCAACUCCUCUACUACAAUGGAAUGUGGUGAUGGUCUAAUGAAUUUAGAUGGAGGCAUGUUGAAACCAACUUCAUGCCAACAUGUCUAUAAUGCACAGUAUUGCAUUAAACAGAUAGGUGGUAUAAGUACGAAAAGGUAUUGCUCUUCUUUGGAUCUCGGAAACUACUGCAACUAUGUUCACCAAGUCGGAGAUAAGUUAGAGUAUAGGACUUGCAUAUACACGUGUAGUACAGAUGGAUGUAACGCUGCUACAAGCAUACAUAUUAGUGUAAUAUCAAUACUUUUAGUAUUUAUUUUUAAGGUGAUUUUAUAA